AGAGAGAGAGAGACAGAGAGAGAGAGACAGAGAGAGAGAGACAGAGAGAGAGAGAGAGAUGCUUCACUAGACAGGGAAACUGAAUGUGUUUUUACUGAAGAGAGAGUCAUGAGUAACAAACAUAAUUGUGCUGGGCAGGUCUAGUUGACAUGGUGAAAGGCUCCUCCCCUUUGGGUGUGGGAGAGAUUUUAAGCUCUGGGGCAAAAACACUGCUGCUCUUCUGACUCAGAAAAACGAGGGAGAGGCAGAGAGAGAGAGAGAGAGAGAGAGAGAGAGACAGAGAGAGAGAGAGAGAGAGAGAGAGAGAGAGAGAGAGAGAGAAAGAGGCUGACUGAGGAAAGGAAAGGGGUGGGGACGACAGAGGGUGAAUGCCGGAAAGUUUUGCUUCGUACCAACAAGUUGGAGAAACUCAGCAAACUGCAACAAAAUCCUCAGCCAGCUCGACAGCAAAGCAAACAGCGUGGGACUGAACACACACUCCCACUCCCACACAGGUCGAGGAGAGAGAGCAGAGCUUUAUUCCACGGUGUGUGUGUUAGCUAGCACAUUAGCCAGCCACGUUAGCAAUGUGUGAGGACGCAGUCCAAGCAGAGAGGAACAGCAUGGUGAGCAGCACCCACGAGAGCCAGGACCUGAUGGUCCCCAGCCUCGACCACCCCUCCCCCAGUCACAGCCUCUCCCAGCUGGGCACAGGAGCUCUAAGCGCAGCCUCCGAAUCUGGAGCUCCUGGAGGAACCACCACCAAGGAGGGGCCACUAAGCCCAACACUGACCCCAGGGACGGGCCCGGUUAACGCCAUCACGGUGCUGACCCUCCUGGACAAACUGGUCAACAUGCUGGACACGGUUCAGGAGAACCAGCACAAGAUGGAGGAGCGUCAGGUGGAGAUGGAGGGAGCGGUGAUGGGGAUCCAGACAGACAUGACCAAGCUGUCCAAGAGCCACACACACACCGCCAACACCGUAAGCAAGCUGCUGGACAAGAGCCGCAAGGUGUCCGUCACCAUGAAGGAGGUGCGCGACAGGAUGGAGCGACAGGCUGGACAGGUGAAGAAGCUGGAGGCAAACCACUCCCACCUGCUCAAGAGGGACAACUUCAAAGUGCUCAUAUUCCAGGAGGAGAAUGAAAUCCCAACCAGUGUGUUUGUCAAGGAUACUGUUCCUUUCCCCCGUGAAGCUGAGGAGGGGGAGGAGCCCACCGCCGUCAUCGACGCCAACCGCUCCACGGAGGAGGGGCUUCACACCAUCGACCUAUCCUCGGACGAGGACGUAGGGCUGGAGGCGGACCUGGACGAGGUGGGAGAUGACGUAUACGAGCUGGCCGGAGAGCACACAGACAAAUCCCGCACGGAUAAGUUUAAACGCUCUAGUCUAAAGAAGGUGGACAGUCUGAAGAGGGCCUUCUCCAAAGCGAAUAUAGAGAAGAAGAUGAACAAGAUUGUGUCACAGGAGAAACGAGAGAAGAUGAAGAAGAGCCUGACACCCAACCACCCAAAGAGUUCCUCCUUCAAAGUGUCCCCUCUCACGUUCAGCAUCAAGAAGAAUCGUAAGUCUGAGGGCCAACCUGAAGCUGAAGCAGAGGUGGAGGCCUCAUCCCAGACCGGGGUCUCGCCUACUGCCGUGGCCUCCAUUGAGAUCUCCCCGCUGGCCAGCCCUGAUGAGGAGGUCCUCUUCACCGAGGUGCACUCCCAACUGGCUCCAGGGCUGGAGGAGUCCAAGGCUGAGGCUUUGGAGAUGGAAGAGGUGGCUGUCAGUGAAGUUCCAGAAUCUGACGAAAUUCCAGAAUCCAACGGUUUUUCUGAUUCCAAACCGUUCCUAGAAUCCGACGUUCCUGAGGCGGAUGUGGAUCUGUCGGCUAUGACGGAGGGAGUGAGGGAGGAGUACACUCUCUCUGCCACGCUCCCACAUGAUGCCUUCCACUCUAUCUCGCCCUUCGAUGAGGAAGACAGGGAGGAGAAAGUGCAGAGGGAGAAAGAGUAGGAGAAGGAAGGAGAGAAAGAGUAGGAGAAGGAAGGAGAGAAAAAGUAGAAGGAAGGAGAGAAGAAAGUGUAGAAAGAGGAGUAGGAGAAGGAAGAGGAGUAGGAGAAGGAAGAGGAGUAGGAGAAGGAGGGGAGACUUGUGGAAGAGGAGGCCCAGCUGUCAAAGUCCCCUAAAACACACACACACAAAAUAAAUACACCUAUACCUAUUCCCUAAAAUACUUCCCCAUUCCCACUCCCACACUCUGCCCAUCAUCCUCUAAAAAACUCAGACAGAUCCUCUGUUCAAAAACACACACACCCACACACACACAAUUACAGUUCAUGUCUGUGUGUCUUCCUGUAUGUCAUUGUGUGCAAUCUAUGUGCUUGCAUGUGUGUGUGUGUGUGUGUGUGUGUGUGUGUGUGUGUGUGUGUGUGUGUGUGUGUGUGUGUGUGUGUGUGUGUGUGUGUGUGUGUGUGUGUGUGUGUGUGUGUGUGUGGUGUGUGUGUGUGUGUGUGUGUGUGUGUGUGUGUGCGUGCUUGUGUGUGUGUGCGUGCGUGCGUGUGUGUGUGUCAGGGGCAGAUGUCUGUUUCACAUGUGAAAAAGGAUGAUGAAGUUGUUAAAAAGGUAUAAUUAUCUUCUUAUGCUACUGCUUAAAGUUUUAACCUAAACGUAUAUUUGUGUUUGUAAAAUGGUAACUUUGUUUGACCUAAUCUUUACAAUUCAAGCCAAUCAGUACAACACUUGUCAUAAUACUAGUUACAGAUAACGUGAUCUAACCAAAGAUUUGUGGUAUCCAUUACUGUCCGUUACAGGUUUGCCUAUACAAAACACUGCCAUUUAUUUUUCAACUAACCUGGUAUUGGCGAUACUGUCUUCCAUCUCGAUUCUGGGAAACAGUUAUUUUAGAAAUGUUUCUAUCCAGUGGCAGGUGGUUCUAUAAAAAACACUGAAAACUCAGAUAGUAAAUCCAUGUUUCGUACCACGCAAGGAGGAUCCUCGCCAUCUUAGCUACAUCUAGAAUUUCCCAGCAUCUUUGACAGAACUAGUCAUUUCUAUGCGAAGCGGCCACGGCCAGACAGUGUGUCACGUUAAAACAAAGCUCUACACACAUUGAUACAUAACAUGGAUUUACUAUCUUUCUGAGGUUCCUCUGCUGUUUGUAGAACCACCUGCCACUGGUCAUGGACAUUUAUAAGAUAACUGCUUUCCAGAAUUGAGAACAAAGAGAGUAUCGCCAAUACCAGGUUAAUUGAAAAAUCUAUAGCAGCGUUUUGUAUCGGCAAAUCUGUAAUGGAUACCAAAACUCUUUGGUUAUAUCACAUUAUCUGGUGUACAAUCUGUAGCUAUCAUCAUUUAUGAUCCUCGAAUAUCUUAGUACUGUAUCAUCUCUCAGUGAAUGUAUAGAAAACAUAGAGAGAUAUAGCAUGGCAACAGUUGAUAAUAAAACAUUAUAAGGCUUCAUACCACAGGGUCGUGGCACCUCCAUUGGGGAGGACGGCCUCCUGGUAAUGGCUCGAGCAGAAUAAGUGGAUUAGUAUCAAAUACAUUAAUGCCAUUCUGUUCACUCCGUUCCAGCCAUUACAAUGAGUCGUCCUCCCCUCAGCAUCCUCCCCUGGUUCAUACAUAAUGUACAACAGGUAAUAACGCAUUAUUGUAUAUCUGUCGGCUUCAAGUAAAGUGUUAGUGAAGUAGUCUAGGUCGUCUUCUCUUAAUCCACUGGUGCCAAAGAAACUCCUCUUCAAUAUAUCGUCCAGAUUGUUAAAACUGUGAUUGUCAUGUUUCUUGCUCUUAUAUAAAAAAAAGAAGCUAUCUCCAGAAUCCUUAGAAUUCUAAAUAAAAACAUUGAAACUGUC